AUUUGCGUUACUUAAGACCGCAGGUAAUACUAGUUUACUCGAAAGAUCAUUUGGCAAACAUGACAACAAAUCUGAAUAUACCACAGUCGAAUCGCACGGUUCGAGUGAGGAUGGUGGACACUACCACUCAGAUGAGCAUUCGGACGGAUGCCCUUAUACAACCUUUACAGUCAGGUCAUGAAUUCCUCAAUUUGACAGAUGUCGCCUUCUUGAUUGAGAACGAGACCCUCAACAAAAAAGCUAUGUUCGACCUUGGCUCCCGGAAAGACUACUGGAACCUUCCCAUGGUUGCCAGACAAGCAUUGAGUCGGAUCAUACCCGCUCUCAAGGUGGAAAAGGAUGUGAGCGAUAUUCUAAUUGAGAAUAAUAUCCGACUGGAAGAGAUCACAUCCAUCAUAUGGUCACAUUACCAUUGGGACCAUGUCGGAGAUGUGUCCAAAUUCCCAUCAUCGACAGCAUUAGUUGUUGGUCCUGGACUAUUGAGAGAUCCGGCUCUACUCCCAGGCUACCCCGAUAAUCCCGUGUCUCCCAUCCCGGCAGAUGCGUUCCGAAACCGUGAGGUGAUAGAGCCUGCUUUUGAACUGAGCAUUGCCGGCUACCGCGCCCAUGACUUUUUUGGUGAUGGAUCGUUCUAUCUCUUAGAUACGCCUGGUCACUGCGUCGGACACCUCUGUGGCCUCGCCCGCACGACUGAAGACACUUUCAUCUUGAUGGGUGGUGAUAUCUGCCACUUUGCCGGUGUGAUUAGACCCACUCUAGACGUUCCAUUUCCCGCUCAUUUCUCCGCCGACAUCCUGGACAGAGAUCCCUUCUUCUCCAUCCCGUGUCCAUGCAGUCUCUUCGCUGAUCAUCACCCAAACACACAGACGGACCAACAUAAGACACCUUUUUACGAUGUAUCGGCUUUGGGCGCCAGUGUUUUUGAUGACCCUACGGUUGCACAACAAUCUGUAGAUCAGUUGCGCCGAAUCGACGCGUCGUCGCAUGUAUUGAUUUGUAUUGCACAUGACCCGGAUUUACUGCGCUACCUUCCUACGCUAAAUCAGCGCCCGGGGCAAGACUUGAAUCAAUGGAUGAGGGAAGGAUGGAAGGAAAAAGUUCGGUGGGGGUGGGUAAAUGAGCUGCCUCGGGCUGGUAAGCCGGGAAGGAAACCGAUCGUUGAAGGGUUUUGGCGGGAAGGCGAGAUCUGGGAAAAGGCAAUCCAGGAGCUAUCUCGAUAA